AUGUACACCACAAGCGAGCCUAUUGGCGAGAAGUGCGAUUUUAAGACAUACCGUCACGUCCCCAAUGAGGACGGAAGCAUCAAUGUCGAUGUCCUCACGAAGCCAUUUCAGGAGUUCACCCUCCACGGCCAAGACGGAGCAUACGCACUGGUCAUACAUCGCUACUAUAGCGAAAAGGGACAGCUGAACAAAGCCACUCUCAAAGUCAACUCCAGCCCCCUUCUCAAGGUCUUUCGAGAAGUUAUUGGAUCUUAUUCGACCGUUCCUUCGGAUUUCAAAACCCCCUUUGAGUUGACCAGCCCAUUCCGGAUAUUGUUCCAUUACUGGGAUGCCCUCGAAGUCCGGCUAGAAGAAUGCCAAGAUCCGGUGGAGAGAAUGCAUUUGGGGCUGCUGUUCGACUUCAUGGGACACGAGAUUGGCCCCGAGCGAGAUCGCCUACUCAGCAUGACCGACAGUAAGAAGAUCACAUUCUCGAAUGCCUGGGCUAUCUUCAAGCCUGGUGACCUUGUCUAUGCGCAAGUCUUAGGCCACCCCUGGCUUUUGCGCUGUGAAAAGACCACAUACGAAGAAAACACGACGCAGGGCCCAUACUUGGAGCUACACUGCUCGUUUUCUGACUUUGAUGGCACCGUGAAGGGGCAGGCCAAGAAAACGUUCACCAUCUUCCAGAGGGAAAGCUUUGGCGGGGAAACCCCGGCGAUCAUCACUGAUUUGCCAGUCUAUCCGCGCAAGUUUGUGGAGGGCCAAGAUAAUCUAGAAGAUCGCUUGAUAGAGCGCGGGAAUAGAUUCUUCGCUUUGAACAAGAUGUCUGUGAUGGCAUAUGAGGGCCAGGCAGAAUACUUGAAGGAGCCAGAUGCCCAAUUCUUCCAUCCCAAUAUGGCAAAGUUCCCAGCUGUUUGGCUACCAUAUACCGAGUCCGGACGAGUUAUCAUUGACCGUCAACUGUUCCACGACGAACAGCCCAGUAGCGUCGUGAGGGCCGUGCCGCUCGAUGCGGAUCCGAUGCUAUGUCCGCCGUACCAAUAUGGGUUCUCAGUCACUCGGAAGGAGUGGAUUCGUGCCCUGAUAGAUUGCGUGGCCAACGUUGAGUGGAAGGAUGAUGCCUGGGAUUCCCUCAUCAUUGGCAAUCGCGAGAAAGAGGUCUUGAAGGCGCUCGUGUCUUCGCAUGCCUAUCCAAACAACCCUCGAAACCAAACAACCCAGAAAGGUCGGGGUCUGGUAGUGCUUCUUCAUGGAAGCCCUGGUUCAGGUAAAACAUUUACUGCGGAGACUGCAGCUGAGGGGACGAAGAGGGCUCUCAUUAUGACGUCCCUUGGAGAACUCAACAAGGAAGAUUUCCCAUGGGCCUUUGAAAAUCGCCUUCGCCUCAUUCUACGACUUGCCACUCUAUGGAAUGCCAUUAUCUUGAUGGAUGAGGCAGACGUCUUCCUUGAGGCCCGUGAUGAACAUGGCGAUAGGAGCUCUAGAAAUGCAUUGGUUGCCGUUUUUUUGAAGGAAUUAGAGUAUUUCGGGGGGAUUGUGUUUCUCACUACUAAUCGUAUCAAGUCAUUUGACCGAGCGAUGAAAUCGCGCGUGCAUCUAGCUCUUGAAUACACGCUACCAGGAAUCGAAACACGCCGGGCACUGUGGGAGCAAAUGCUUUCUUUGGUCCCGAAAGAUCAAUCUUCGGUCGAUCCCAAGGAGGCCAUUGACAAGUUCAUUUCUGCCAAGAUGAACGGAAGAGAAAUUGCCAACGCCGUCAACACCGCCCGAACCAUUGCGCGCUUCGAAAAGGUACCACUUCACGUCGCUCACAUCAAGACUGUCAUUGACGUGUGGGCUUCGUUCGACGAGAACCUGCGGAAUGCUUCCAGAAGAUCUGGCCAUGCGGCAAACAAAGAAAUUGCUCCGACCAGCGCCAAUACGAUCAUCGGCGAGGACGAUCCUGAUUUCGAAUCUUGA